UAAAUUUGAGCACUUUCUUCUUAUCCUCUUAAACACAGAAAAUGGGCUUUCGUUUGCCAGGAACAAGAAGGGCUUCAUUUGCCACAAAAGUGGCUUCUUCAAAAUCAUGUGAAGUGCCAAAAGGAUAUCUUGCAGUCUAUGUUGGAGAGAAAAUGAAGAGGUUUGUGAUUCCUAUAUCUUACUUGAAUCAAUCUUCAUUUCAAGAGCUGUUGAGCCAAGUUGAGGAAGAAUAUGGAUAUGAUCAUCCAAUGGGGGCUCUCACCAUUCCUUGCAGAGAAGAUGUCUUCCUUAAUGUCACUUCUUCUUUCAAUAGGUGCUAGCUGACAAAGACAAGAUACACAUAGAUUAGCCAACACAAUUUUGUACUAUAUCCUUUUGCUUUGUAAAGAAUUUUGUUCCUUUUCUUUCCCUACUUAGGAAGAGAAAAAUUGUGUACCAAAGUGAGAAAUUUAUGAAGAAAAAUGUCACCUUCAUCUUCUGGCAUUGAACUUGUA